AGAUAUGGUGACUAUCGAAGAAAGUAUCUCUCGAAGCGGCAGUAUCUCAAGAACUUGUGCGAAAGUACGUUUAGAUUUCAGUUGAUACCAACUGAAUUUGAAAUACAAAUGUGAAGUGAAUUCUGUUACAACAGCGGUAACAAUUGUUCAAUUAUUCAAAAACGGAUUGAAAACCGACGUCGAUAUAUUUUACAUUUGGCGUUAAAAGUGAAAGUGAACAACUCCCAAGAACUAAUUAGAUUUGCUACUCCAGGGUUUUGUUAUUUUAUAGACCAACUCCAUGUAAAGCAGAAACUGCGUUAAAAAUCCAGAAUAACUUCGUAACAUAAAGUUAAAGUUCAGCUAAUGACAUUACCAUCGGAAAGGGUAACUUUUGCCCAGGGUUGGAAAAAUACAAGUGGAUAAACACGUUGCAUCCCCUCACGUGGCAGACAAGGUGAUCGCCGCCAACCGCCCUCCCCCUAGAUAGUGCACGUAUACUUGGCUCGUAAGCUCAGUUACAUUUAUGGGAAAAUCGUAGCCUCCGUGGAAUCAUAUUGUGUUGUGUAAACUUGGAAUGUGUAAACACCACGAUACUGUUUGUGCAGCAACCCGAAACCGUGAUUAAAAGUAUUUUGAAAUUAAUGUUUCUUCUAAAUUUGGAAUUCUCACAACAAUAACUAUUGUGUCGGAAACGUGGCAAGCAGUGUGCAGUGAGAAGUGCAUCGAGUAUGAAGGAUAUUUUCAGAUUUUUCAGAGAAUAGUUUAUGUGAUUUAUCGUGAGGGUUGGAUAAUGAGUGGAAAAUAGAUUCAAUAUGGAAGGCAACAGUUCAACGCACAAUACUAAAAUAUCAGACUCAGCUUACUCAAACAGUUGCAGUAACAGCCAGUCUCAAAGAAGUGGAAGCUCCAAAUCGAGGCUCAGUGGAAGCAAUUCUUCCGGAAGUAGUGGAUAUGGGGGAAAACCUUCUACGCAAGCAAGCAGUGACCUCAUUGCACCAACAACCGUCAAUCGAGUUAAGGACAAAUCACGUAAAAAGAAGAAGCAUAAGAAUGCCCAACAAACUGUGACCUCUUGCGAAAAACAGGACAUAGCAGCAAACUUAGAAAAUACAGAAAAUAGUUUAACUAUAAUAUCAGACCAGAAUACAGAUGAAAGCGUAAUUGGACAGAAGCGUAAUGAAAUCAACGAUGCUCCAAACAUUGAUAGUUCUACGCACGAACAAAUUUUGGGUGACACUAAACUACCUAUACCCCCCGCUUUUCCUACACACUGCAUUAAGAGCACACAGGAAAGGGCGCCAGAAAGGACAACGGAGACAACUGUGGUCAAGCCAGAAACAACAAUCAGAAUAGAAAAACUUAAGGAGGAUUCCUUCUGUUGUGUAAUUUCAAUGCACGAUGGUAUUGUUCUGUUCACUACUCCUAGCAUAACGGAUACACUAGGCUUUCCACGUGAUAUGUGGCUAGGUCGAUCAUUCAUAGAUUUCGUCCAUCCAAAGGAUCGAACAACAUUUGGAAGUCAGAUAGCCACGGGGGUAGCAGUUCCAAUUGCUGAGACUAGAGCUGGCUGCCAAAAAGAGGCACGAAGCACAUUGUGUGUUAUGCUCCGGCGUUACCGAGGGUUAAAAUCUCAAGGAUAUGGCGUAACUAGCAAAGCAGUAACCUACGAACCAUUCCGAUUAGUCCUAACAUUCCGCGAGGCUCCUGAAGAUACCAAGUCGGAUCAUUCCACAAACUUGACACCGAAUGGAGCUAGUAUGUUACUAGUUAUUAGCGCAACCAGAAUUACAAGUGUCUACAAAGAUGGUUGUCCUCCAGUUCCCAGUGAGCUACUAUCACAUCGCAGCCCGAAAUUUUCUACAAGGCAUACAGCGGCAGGUAUCCUGUCACAUGUAGACAUAGCGGCAGUUCCUGCAUUAGGAUACCUUCCCCAAGAUUUGAUCGGAAAGUCAAUAAUGGAGUACUACCAUCCGAAUGACCUGGAGUUUCUGAAAACCAUAUAUAAGACAGUUAUGAAGAACGGACAGACAGCAGACGCAUCAUUUUGCAGCAAACCAUAUCGCUUUCUGGCACACAAUGGAUGCUACAUAACUCUAGAAACUGAAUGGACUAGUUUUGUUAAUCCUUGGUCUCGAAAGUUGGAAUUUGUAAUUGGGCAUCAUCGAGUUUUUCAAGGACCAGCUAAAUGUGAUGUCUUUGAAUCACCAUCUUCAACCGAAAAGCCUCCACUUUGCACCGAAGACGUCGAUGACAGUAGAACACAAACCCUUCGAGAAGAGAUAUUACAACUCCUCUCUGAAACAGUUUCACGAACUUCAGACACUGCCAAACAAGAAGUUUCAAAAAGAUGUCAGGCUUUAGCUUCAUUCAUGGAAACGCUUAUGGAUGAGGUGACCAGGAAGGAUCUCAAACUUGAUUUACCACAAGAGUCUGAAUUGACUAUAUCGGAAAGAGAUUCUGUAAUGCUUGGUGAAAUAUCACCCCAUCAUGAAUAUUAUGAUAGUAAAAGUUCCACGGGAACGCCACCCAGCUACAAUCAACUAAAUUACAAUGAAAAUUUGUCGAGAUUUUUCAAUAGUAAACCAGUGACAGUGGCCCAGGAGGAAUCAAUGAAGGUGGACCAGUCUUAUAACGACGGAGAUGCUCAGCAGAGCUUAAGUCCAGUUCAAUGUUUUGAAGAUAGUGGAGGAAGUGGUUCCGCAGGAAACCUCAGCUUGGGAAGCAAUGCUCAAAUGGAAAGCAUAACAAAUACUAGUAAUACAGGAACAGGAACAUCUUCAGGGAGCUACCAACCUCCAACCCUAACAGAGGAGCUACUAAGCAAACAUAAUGAUGACAUGGAAAAAAUUAUGCUUAAAAAACAUCGAGAGCAAAGAAAUCGAACAGGGGAUAAAAUGAAAAAAGGUCCCGACAAGAACCAAGAUCAUAUUCAAAGCCAUGGUGUUAAAAGAAGUGGAUCUCAUUCUCAUGAAGGUGAAGCACAUAAAGCAACUAAACAUUACCACAUCGGUGAAAACCCAAAAGAGACAAAUGAAACACAAAACUCCAGAGCAUUUCCAAGUAUGGAAAUUAACAGCCUUACGGGUAAAUUUGGAAGAACACAAUGUGCUCGAAACGUAGAACUCUGGCCACCAUUCUCAGUUUCUUUGACCACAAUGCAAACAACACAAACUCAAACUAGUAACAAUUUCACAACACCACCGACUAGUAUUUUUCCAGCGGUAUAUUAUAUCCCAACAACACAGAGUGCGAAUCAACCACGGGAACAUCCUGGGCCACCAGCGUCUGGAUCAUUCUCCGUGCAAUAUAUGGCCGGUCUCAUGUACCCUCAUCCAUCACUAUUUUAUCCGCAUCCAGUUAUGUACCAACCAAUGUCGUUCCAAGCAAUUGCAUCUUCUAUGGGUUUUCCGGAUUCGCUUGCAACCAACACAACAGCGUCACCACCAUCAGCAGCUGCUUCUGCAUAUUUCAAUCAGAGUACGGAUAUGAUGUCAGCUCCCGGACCAUCGAAAUCAAGCGGACCACAAUUUGGAUCAGGUAAUGGUGGUACGUUUCAGCGACCUCCGUCACAAGCAACGUCCAUAAAGGCCGAGCCCGGAUCAAUUUUAGCGCCUUCAGAGUCAUCGAAAAAAGGGGUCGCAGGUUCACCACUGGCUUCUGUUCCCGAUGAAACCAACGACACAGAAGUGAAAACCCAUAGUGUGAAUGAAUUCGAGCAAGGCAACAGCGAUGAUAUGGACGAGUCAAGUUUCUCCAGUUUUUAUUCAUCAUUUCUUAAAACAGACGGAUCUUCGGAUGGUCCACAGGAUAUCGAAAAAGCGCAAUCAAAGGAAUCUCAUGAAAUGCAAUGGGAGAAAACUCAUUCACAAAUAAGAAGACCUUUCCGAAGACCUGAGCCACCAUGGCUUGAUAAAGUUACCAUUACUCCCGAACUAGUGUAUCGAUACCAAAUCAAUGCACGCACCAUUACUGAAGUACUAAAAGCAGAUUUAACAGCGCUCCAAUGCAUUAGACAGCCUGUCAUGGUGAACGAACAAUUAGAUCAACUUUACUUAGAUUUAGAAUUAGAAGGACUUUCUGCGAAAUUGAAAUUGAGCGAUACAACCUCAAGCAGCUGCAGCAGUGGCGAAGAAGAUUCAGUGGUAGGGAAGAAAAAGAAAAAAAUUCAGUAUGGAAAGCUAAUGAUGAUUUAUGAAGAGAAUGCUCCAUUUCCUCCGCCUAUAGAAUAGAAUAAUAGUAUGUAGAAAAUAUAUAGUUUAUUUUCCAUUUUUUUAUAGUUUUGAUAUACACAUAUAUUUAUAAAAUGUACUUGAAUGAUUUACCGUGCUUUUGUAUUUGAAACCUAUAUAUUGUCAUAUAAGUUGUGUGUUAAAUUUAUAAGAGAUAUAUUUAUCAAUAAAAUAAAACAAA